AUGGAGAGGCUUCUAAAAAAUGCAAAGGUGGCAGACUGUUUUGGAUUACUCUGCGAUGAAGUUAUAGAUAUAUCUGUACUGGAACUCUUAAUAACGUUUAUUCAGUUUUUUAAUUCCAAGACAGACAAAGUGGAAAUACAAUUCCUGUUUGUUGAGGACGUCUUAAAAGAUUCCACUUUUGCCAAUGCUGAAACCAUCGUUAACAUUCUAAUUAGAAAGCUAGAUCACUAUGGUCUUCAACUUCAAAAGCUGAGCACCUUAGCUUCUAAUGGAGCUGCUGUCGUGGUGGGAAAAUUCACCAAAGCGGAUGGCCCUUUACUUGAAAGUUCAACUUGA